AUGUCGUCCGUCGUCGAGACGCGCUCGCCUUCGCCGCAGAUGAAGUCGGUCCUCACCCCGCCGCUGACCCCGCCGCCCAGGACGGCAACGCUCAAGGAGGACGUCCCCGUCGACCUCGGCGUUCCCGAAAACUACGUCAGCUGGACUAUCAAGAACCAAAAGCCACUCCCGCCGAUCACCUGGAGCAGCUUGUACAAGGAGCUCAACUACCUCAGCUUGGCUAUCCUGACCAUCACUCCGUCCAUCGCCAUCUGGGGCGCGUUCCACGUCAAGAUGCGAACCGAGACUUUCUGGUGGUGCGUUGUGUACUACUUCAUUACCGGUCUCGGCAUCACGGCUGGGUACCACCGUCUGUGGGCGCACCGUUCCUAUAACGCGUCGAAGCCGCUCGAGUACUUCUUUGCUAUGGCUGGCGCUGGCGCGGUUGAGGGUUCCAUCAGGUGGUGGUCUCGCGGGCAUCGCGCUCACCACCGCUACACAGACACCGAGCUCGACCCAUACGACGCGAACAAGGGCUUCUGGUGGUCGCACGUUGGCUGGAUGCUCGUCAAACCUCGUCGCAAGCCCGGCGUUGCUGACGUCAGUGAUCUCAGUAAGAGCGAAGUCGUCAGGUGGCAGCACCGCUGGUAUCUGCAGCUCAUUGUCACGUUCGGCUUCCUCUUCCCCACGUUCGUUGCCGGGAUCUUUUGGGGUGAUUGGUGGGGCGGGUUCGUGUAUGCGGGUGCCGCCCGUCUUACUUUUGUGCACCAUUCAACUUUCUGCGUCAACUCCCUGGCGCACUGGAUCGGUGAGACGCCCUUCGACGACAAGCACACGCCGAAGGAUCAUAUGCUCACCGCCUUCGUCACGAACGGGGAGGGUUACCACAACUUUCACCACCAGUUCCCCACGGACUACCGCAACGCGAUCAAGUGGUACCAGUACGACCCGACCAAGUGGUUCAUCUGGACGUGCGCCAAGCUUGGUCUCGCGAGUCAUCUCAAGAAGUUCCCCGAGAACGAGGUGCGCAAAGGCCAGCUUACGAUGCAGCUCAAGCGACUGCGGGAGACGCAAGAGGGGCUUGUGUUUGCGCCCGACGCGAAUGAUUUGCCCAUCGUCAACUGGGAGACCUUCCAGAAGCAGUCGACUAAGCGGCCACUUGUCGUCGUCGCCGGCUUCAUCCACGACCUGUCUUCGUUCAUCGACGAUCACCCUGGUGGUCGUCACCUGAUCGCGAAGAACAUUGGACGCGACGCGACAACGGCGUUCUUCGGCGGUGUCUACGACCACUCUAAUGCUGCGCAUAAUUUGCUCUCGAUGAUGCGUGUUGGCGUCCUGGCUGGCGGUAUGCAGCACGGCUUGGAUGACAGAAUUGUCCCGCCGUCGCAGCGUCUUCGGAUUGCGCGAUACACGGAGCUGGUCUCGUCCGCUGGUUCGUCUACGGCGUGGUCGGACAACGAGGGUCUUUUAGGUUGA